CAGCUGCUGGUCAUUCGCAAUGCAACUGUUGACGCGAGCGCUUGUCUACAUACGAUAGUUCGAUCGUGUUUUGUGAUUCUACAAGUGAAUUAUUUUGAAAUUGUAAAGUGAAAUAUAAUAUACUGAUAUUUAAAUUUAUUAAAAAUUAGUGAUUAGUGACACAUUUAUGAACAUUUCGCAUGCAUGUGAUCACAGUUGAGUUAACAUAUAUAUGACUAUUGAAAAGAGAAAAGCUCAUAAUUAGAAAUAAAAACACACUGAAGAAUUGAACGAUAACAAGAUGUCGCGUCGGCUAUGUAUUGCCGUUUUUGAAAUUAUACAAAUCGUCGCUUUGGUAUGCGCAGCCGGACAUUACUCUGUAAUCGGACCUGGCACGAUCCGCUCCAAAUUUAAAUACAAUGUUGCCGUUUCAGUGCACAAAGCCGAAGGACCAACCAAAAUAGAUGUUAGCAUUAUGGGUCCCUCGUAUAAUGAGACAAAAACAGUAGAGCUGCAGCCGAUGUCCACUGAAAAUGUUGAAUUUGAUGUGCCACAACUGCAGGAUGGCGCUUAUAGUCUGGUUGCGAAAGGCGUGUCCGGGCUGAUCUUCGAGAACUCAACAAAGCUAAAUUAUGCCGACUACAAGCCAGCCACGUUCAUACAAACGGAUAAGGCCACCUAUAAACCAGGUGACUUAGUACAGUUUCGUGUACUAUUUUUGGAUGCCAAUACGCGUCCAGCAAAAAUUGAGCAGCCCAUCUCGAUACUGAUUAAUGAUGGCGCACGGAAUCGUAUUAAACAAUUGCAGGACGUAAAGUUGACUAAAGGGGUUUACACCGGUGAAUUUCAACUCUCCGAACAACCUGUGCUCGGCGAUUGGAAUAUCGAGGUCGUUAUUGAGGGUCAAUCACCGGUUUCAAAGUCUUUUGAGGUGGCCAAAUAUGUAUUGCCUAAAUUUGAAGUGUCUAUUGAAACCGCCAAGGACGUAGCCAUACCUGAUGGCGUCAUUAAGGUGACCGUACGCUCAAAGUACACCUACGGUAAAUCUGUUGAAGGUACGGCAACGGUAUCCAUUAAACCCCUAUAUCAUCAUUAUGGCAUGAAUAUUCAACCCGAGGCAACCAAAAUGGUUUAUGUCGACGGCAAAGGACACGUUGAAUUUGAUUUAAGUAAAGACUUAAAUAUCGGUGGUGAACGUACAUAUGUGCCGCCAUUGAAAGUAUUGGCUACGAUGAAGGAGAAACUCACUGGCAAUACACAAAAUGCCACGGCUACUAUUAACUUGCAUUCCGAGCGCUAUCGCAUCGAAGGUGUUAACGUGCCGACCAAUUAUCAACCUGGCAAACCGACCAAAAUUACCGUUGUUGUGAAGAAUGUGGAUGGCUCGCCGGUGUCUGAUACAAAGAAUAAAGCCAAAUUGAUUGUGCAUCCGCCACGUGAUUAUAUGUUUAGAGAUUAUCUGUCUAAAGAUGAAGCUACUACUCCAAAGGAAGCAGAUAAAAUUAUGGAAUUUGAAUCAAAUCUUGACGAGCACGGCAUGGCUACAUUUGAGUUUACUUUGGCCGAAACAGACCGUUAUUAUACCGUAAAAUGUGAAUUCUUAGAUACUACAACAUAUCUUAGCUCAAUAUCUAAAUUUAUACCUACAAUCGAUACACCGGAAUUGCUAAAAUUGACGGUGAACACAAAGAAACCUCGCCUGGGUAAGCCCGUUGUGGUGGAGGUAAUAUCGAGUGAAAAAAUCCCAUACUUUGUUUACACCAUCGUUGCACGCGGCAAUAUCUUGAAGAGCGAAUAUGUCGAUGUGCCGGAGGGACGACAAUCGCAGACCAUCAAAUUUAUACCCACCUUCGAAAUGAUACCGAAAGCCAGCUUAUACGUACAUUAUGUCUACGACAAUAAUUUGCGUUUCGAAGAAAAGGCGAUACAGUUUGAAAAACAGUUCGAAAAUACCAUCGAUAUUAGCGCUCAACCCCAAGCGAAACCUGGCGAGCAGGUACAGCUUCAUAUUACAACAGAUCCUGAUUCUUUUGUCGGUUUGCUAGGUGUUGAUCAGAGCGUGCUAUUACUCAAAUCGGGCAAUGAUAUAACCCAGGAACAGAUAUUCAACACUUUAGGCGACUAUGAUGCUAGCACACCAUGGAUGCGAGGCUAUGGACGCUAUCCGGGACAGGAAUCCGGUGUGGUAACAAUGACAAAUGCCAAUUAUCCCUACAAUGAUGGUGUACCCCGUUAUUAUUUCUUGAGAGCACGUACGGAUGAUAUGCGAACGGGUUUGGUAUACUAUAUGCAUCAUCCAUCACCUAAUGUACAAAAUUCGUUUGCGCCGAGAUUCUCACCAAGUUUACCACGUCCUACGAAAAUUCUCUAUGCUUACAUUCACGCGUUUCAACAACCAGUUUAUGCUUUUGGUGCAAUUGGAAGACCUCUCCCGGAAGCCACUUUCUUCGCCGGCGAGUUUAUGCCUGUAGCCCUCCCUGCAGCCCUCCCUGCACCACCGCAACCAUUAGCUGGAGCAACUGCUAUAACGCCAAUCUUGAGAAAAAAUUUUAUCGAAAACUGGAUAUUCAUGAAUCAAGAAAUUACGGAUGGCGGAAAUUUUACCUUGAGCAAGAAGAUACCCGACACCAUCACUUCAUGGGUUGUCACUGGCUUCUCGAUGAAUCCCAAUACUGGCAUUGCGCUUACGGCCAAUCCCACAAAAAUACAAGUGUUCCAGCCCUUCUUUGUCUCUACUAAUCUGCCGUAUUCGGUAAAGCGCGGCGAAGUUAUUGCCAUACCCGUUAUAAUCUUCAAUUAUAUGGACAAAGCUUUGGAUGCGGAAGUAGUAAUGGAGAAUACGGAUAAUGAGUAUGACUUUACCGAAGCCACCAAUGAGAUUGAAGACAAGCCCUUAGAUGUGGUGCAACGCGUUAAACGUGUCUCGGUUGCGUCAAAUACUGGUCGCAGCAUUUCCUUUAUGAUACGUCCCAAAAAGAUUGGACAGAUCACAUUGAAAAUCACUGCAACUACACCACUGGCCGGUGAUGCAAUACAUCAAAUGCUCAAAGUGGAACCGGAGGGUGUGACACAAUACGAAAAUCGUGCCGUCUUCAUAAAUCUUAAAGAUAAAAAUGUGCACAAUGAGAAAUUAAAUGUAGAUAUACCAGCCGAAGCUAUACCCGACUCGGAAUACAUAGAAUUUUCUGUGGUGGGCGAUUUGCUUGGGCCAACGUUGAAGAACCUCGAUAAACUGGUGCGCAUGCCUUAUGGCUGUGGCGAACAAAAUAUGGUGAAUUUCGUGCCGAAUAUAUUAGUUUUGCAUUAUUUGGACGCGAUCUCCAAGAGUAUGCCUGCAGUUACGGAGAAGGCAAAGAAGUUCCUCGAAAUUGGUUAUCAACGUGAAUUAACUUACAAACACGAUGAUGGUUCGUACAGCGCUUUUGGCAAAUCUGAUAAGGCAGGCAGUACUUGGCUGACAGCAUAUGUGAUGCGUUCGUUCCACCAAGCAGCAAAAUACACCGAUAUUGAUCCUAAAGUUAUUGUAGAAGGUUUGGACUUUUUAGCGUCGAAACAAACACCGAAUGGUAGUUUCCCCGAAUAUGGAAAACUCUUCGAUUCGGCACAUCAAAAUGAGUUAGGCCUGACAGCAUUUGUUUUGUUGGCAUUCCUAGAAAAUGUGGAACAUGUAGAAAAGUACAAAACGCAGGUCGAUAAUGGCAUGAAGUAUCUAAUGGAGAACGUGGAUAAAACAGACGAUCAAUACUCGCUCGCAAUUGCUUCAUUGGCACUGCAAAUUGCCAAAAAUCCCGCAGCCGAUAAGGUGCUAACUAAAUUACAAGGUCUCGCUAAGCAGGAAAGCGAUCGCAAGUGGUGGUCCAAGGUUGAUACUCCCACUGAGGGUAGCAGCGCCAUCUGGCGUUGGCAGCCAAAUAGUAAUGACGUAGAGAUCACAUCGUACAUACUUCUUGCAAUACUAGAUAAAGAGGGCGCCGAAAAUGCUUUGCCCAUUGUCAAAUGGUUGAUCUCACAACGCAACAGUAACGGUGGUUUUGCUUCCACACAAGACACUGUGGUCGGGUUGCAAGCGCUCAUAAGCUUUGCAGAGAAAACUGGCGCCGGCAGUGGUGUGAUGGACAUUGAGUUUACUUCAAGCGGUGGUGAGGAAAAUAAAGGUGCCAUUGCGGUUAGCGCAGAAAAUUCCUUGGUACUGCAAACACAUGUGCUACCGAAGACAACACGCUCGGUUGAUUUCACCGCCAAGGGUAAUGGCUCAUCUAUGGUGCAACUAUCAUACCGUUAUAACUUGGCUGAAAAGGAUAAAGCACCAAGCUUCCAAGUGACAACAAAUGUCAAGGAGGACCAAAACUUACUAAUUAUGGACGUAUGCGCCGAAUAUGUACCUGCGGAUGCAGCCGAUCAAGAGAAAGAAUCCAAUAUGGCUGUAAUGGAGAUAGCACUACCCUCCGGCUACACUGCGGAAACUGACGCUUUCAAUGCUAUUGAAGCGGUGGACCGCGUUAAACGUACUGAAACGAAAAAUGCCGAUUCGAUGGUGAUUGUCUAUUUCGAUGCCUUGAAACCGGCCGAUAGUAAGUGUGUGCCCGUUAGAGCAGUCAAAACACAUGCGGUGGCCAAACAAAAGCCCGCAGCGGUCAGCAUCUAUGACUACUACCAAACAAAUCGUCGUGCCACCGAAUAUUAUCAGGUGAACUCAUCGCUUUGUGAUAUUUGUGAGGGCGAAGAUUGUGGUUCAUCGUGUCAAAAAUCAAAGGAAAGCAAUAAUUAAUGUACAUUAUCUUGCUUCAAGCAAUUCACUCUAAAAACGGCGAAAUUGUAAUGUAAAUGAAUAUCAGUGAUAAAUUUUUAUAUCGGAAUCAUGUCUGUAUAUUUGUGAAAAAAGGUUAUUUACAUGUGCAUAUGUAGGUAUAUGUGUAUGAAAAAAAUUAUCAAAAUUAAGUAGUUAACUAAAUUUGUUAGAAUAUCAAAUGUAUACUAUAUAUAGUUCAAACAAGCAUACAUUUACCCAAAAUAAAAUGGAAAAAUAUGAUAAUCUAA